UCUUCUCUCUUUACUGCUACAAGUAUAAUAAUGGAGUGAUGCAAGAAGUACUUGCACAGAACAUACCAGUGAUGAGUUAUCAGGUUCCAGAUUAUGUGAUGGUGCCAUUGCAGUAUUUGCCAGCAGCAGGGAAUCCCAGCAUGCCCCUGCAAUCCUUCAGUACUUCCCAGAACCCUACGAACUUAAUGGUGCCAGACAGCAUGGGGCAAAUGCAGCAGAAUUCUACGAGUUCAGGACUGCCUAAUGAAACUGUACAAAUGCAACCAAGCUCCUCCAAUUAUCCAAUCCAGAUGUAUCCUGGCUCUUGGAAUUUGACUGCUCCAGUAUCAGCUGUGCCAGUGCUUCCCCUUUCUGUGAACCCUCCUGUGCAGAUCACUGCCCCACUCCCUGCAGGGCAGGUUCAGUCCAAUACUUACAAGACAAGUUUUCCAAUACAGACUCCCCAUGUGCAGUCAAACCCUCCAAAAUUUGUUGCACCAGUGCAACCAGUACAAAUUCAGCCUAAGCCUACACAGUCUGCUGCACCACUACAAAUUCAGCCUAAGCAGACACAAUCUGUUACACAAGUACAACCAAUGCAAAUUCAGCCUAAGCCUACACAAUCUGCUGCGCCAGUACAACCAAUGCAAAUUCAGCCUAAGCCUUCACAAUCUGCUCCACCAGUACAACCAGUGCAAAUUCAGCCUAAGCCUUCACAAUCUGCUCUGCCAGUACAACCAAUGCAAUUUCAGCCUAAGCUGAAGCCUGCACAAUCUGCACAAUCUGCUAAGACAGUACUACCAGUGCCGAUAAAGCCCAAACCUACGCAGUCCACUGCACCAGUACCAGUGGUGCAGGUGCAGUCCUCCAGUUUGAAUUCUUCACAACCAGUGAGAAGUGUGGAGACCCAGACUUUGCCAAGGCAGAGUUUAAGGAAGCAACAAAUUGAAGCACCUGCUAGCACAAAUUCUUGCACACCGAUGUCGGGUAGCACAAACUCAGGAAUUUUCAUGCCAGCAAGCACUAACCCUCAGACUGGUAUUUCCAUGUCACAUAAAAUGUCAGGUGCCCAGUGUAGGGAUAACCAAGAGAGUGAAUUGCCAACUGGCAAAAGCUUUGAUCCUCAGGGUUCCAAGGGCACUGUGGGACAGCCGGGGCAAUCAGUAUCAUCCAAGCCCUCAUCAAAGGUAAAGCUGUUUCUUAUGUCUACCUCUCAAGGGAUGUUCUGGUGUAACUUUUGUCCCUAUCAGACCAGAGUGCUGCGGGAGAUGGAGGAGCACGUCCGCUCAAAACACCAGCCUUUUACAUGUCCACGGUGUAACAAGAGGUUUUCGCUGAGGAUCAUGCUGCACUACCAUGCCUCUGAGGUACACGGGCAUGCUGGUCUUGCUGCUGCUACCACCACAAACAUCGCAUGCCCAGCAACUAGGACCAAGACAGAGCAAAUGGAAACAGAUUUGGUGAAAGUUAAAAGUGAACCAGGAGAUCCUGAUGCAGAUGCUGCAGAAAGAGUUCAAGGAAAUGAGGAAGGGAAAACUGAACCAGUUGAGCCUGACAAUGGCAUUGAGGAUGUAGAGCCAGUUGCUGUUAAAGUAAAGACAGAACCAGUGGAUUAUAAUGCCACUGCUGCCAUUCCAGAAGUUUCAUUGGAGCCCAUGGUUGCAGGCCAAAAGGAAACACAAACACCAGAAAGUAUACAGGAUACUGGUAUAGAAACAGGCACAACAGAACAGGAGGAGAACAUCCUAAAUCCCCUUGAUGAAGUACAAUCAAUAGAAAUGGGAACCAGCACGAUGAAAAAAUCAGCAGAUGAUGUGGUAAGAGGGAACAUAAACCUAAAUCCUGUAGUCCUGUUGGAAAGAUUAGACUUGACAGCCAUGACUAUGACAGUGGCUUCAUCACAAAGGACUAGUUCUUACUCCUCACUUGGCGUUGAAGAGGUUGAAGUGAUUUCAAAUGACGACAGUUCAAACGACUCCACAUCUGUAUCUCUUAAGCAGGAGCCAUUGAUAACACACAAGUGUGAGUCUGGUAGCAGUAGAACAGAUUGGAAUACCCUUUAUAAAGGUGGUGCAGAUGUACAGAGUUCCUCUCCAAAUACACCAGAGGCUACACAGGUGUCUUCUGGGAGUUUGGUGAAUGGUGGUCCACCAGCUGACCCCAGGGGGGAGAAAUCAGUUCCUGCAAGACCUGUAGCGGGAGAACUUCACACUGUGGACAGUUGGGAAGACACUGCAGAGAGCCUGUUGACUUAUGUAGAAGGCAGAUCACCCAUGGGAAGGCUUGUAACACACUAUUACCCUUUCAAAGUGCGCUGUGUGUUUUGUAAGGAAGAAUUCACAAGUGUUCAAGGAAUCAAGUCGCAUACUGCCCAGAGCCAUUCUUCAUCCAGUACAAUCUUUGGGUGGUUCUCUCUUAAGGCAAGGGAUGCUGUUCUUCUCAGGUUUUGCCCUGGGAAGGAAUGUUUUUUCCGUGUCUUAGGAAAGAAGGGGGCAGCAGACAAAUUGGCAUGCCAUAUAAAAUCUUGUGAAAAUUUGGAGAAAUUUGGCACUGUGUUUGAUAUGGAACAAACCCAAAAGAUCAUGCCUCAAAGUGGGGCGUCUAGCGGUUCAAAUGAAAGAGUACUGAAAAGAACUCAUUCACCUGGAAGAGAUGAAGAACUGCCUGAAAAGCAAACAAAAAGGCUUAAGUGUGAGUCAGAGGCAGGUGAAGAAAGUCUCAUGGCUAAAGUACACAUGGACUGUGAAGAAAACCAGGAUGGCGCAGACAGUGAUGAUGCCUCGAAUUGGAGUAAGGAUGGCUCUAUCCAAAAUAAUCCACCCUCAGAUUUCUCCGACUCUGAUUCAUUGGAUGAUGAAACUUAUGUACCUUCCCCAUUGAAGAAAAGAAAACCCAAAAAACAUCUCUUCGAUAAGAGUAGGUCAAAAUCCUUUGUCAAUAGUAGACAUCACAAACUUGGUACUACAAGUACCUCUACACUACCUCAAGCUGACAACAAAACUCCAAAGACUGUUGCUUCCCACUCUUCCAAUUCAAACACAACAGAAAUAAAGAAGCCAGAAGAGACAAAGCUAGGGGUUGCUGAGACUGAAGCAUCAGACGGGCACAGUGGUUCAUCAGUGCCUAUAUACCAGGAGAGGAAAGUCCCCAGAGAAAAGCACGUAGAUACCAGUAAACACUUGUGGGAGUGUAUGAAAUGCCCAGGGUCACCUGCAUUCCAGGCUGAGAACUUACGUGAUGUGAAGCUCCACAUUCUUAAAGAUCACCCAGACACUAAAGACAUUGCAGCCCGGGACAUCUUGAGCAAGAAGGACCCAAAGACUAAGGAUCAUUGCAGGAACUACAUGUGCCCCGUGGACUACUGCAAUGCCUUCUUUUACCGGCAGAGUGAUGCCCAGUCCCACUACCAGAAGGUGUGUGGACGGAACUUGUUUAAAAGUGAGCCAUUCAGGAAGAUCUCUGACCUCAGCAGUGAAGCUGACACCACUAGUGACAAGAAAACAGAGAACAGUUUUAACGAGAAGUCCCCUGGUUUAGAGAGAGCUGAUAAAUCUGACGGUCACACACCUGGCAGCCUUUCUACAAAGAAAUCUGGUCCACUUCAUCAGAAGACAUCUCACAAUUCCUCUGUGAAAAAAUCUAAUCCAACAAAAAGAAGUUCCACCAGUACUUCUAAAAAUAAAAAUGAUUCUGCUUUUAAGAAAAGAUCUCACAGUUUGAAGAAGGGGGUAAAAGCUUCAGAUCGCACCAAGUCCAGGACAAAAAGUAAAGGGAAGUGUAAAUGAUGGUGUCAUUUUGCAUCCAGGGGUUUUGUUAACUGAGCUACAUUUUCAAGUUUGAUUUCUCGUUCACCAUAAUACUACCUGGUUACCAAACAGAUGUUAUUUGCAACGCCUGCAACAUUCUUGGUGAAAGCAAAUUUAUUUAUCGAGUCUGAAAUAUUUUUCUGCCCCCAAAUAUCAGUAUUUUAAAUGUAGUAUUAUUUUCUUAUUAAAAAUGUCUGCAGAUCUGUAAAAAGAACUUUGUAAUGAGCACAAAAUGAAUUGAGAUCAUAUCUCAAAUAAUUAAAUGGAAUUAUAAACAUUUUAGGAUUUUUAAGCUGUAACACAUGGAGCAUCAUACCCCAUGCAUAAUUAUUGAAUGGAAAAUUUAUUGUAAUAAUUUUUUCAUUUAUAUAUCUAUUUAUUUUACAGCAGCAUGUAAUGAGAUUGAGCUGAAGUUCUUGAAAUUUUGCUGUGCGUUUUAUGCUCUUGGAUUAAUAAUAAUGGUAUAAUUGUCAGCUCAGAUGCAAACCUUUCCAUGGAAAGUAAUCUUUUACCAUGAUAUAACCUGUACUUAGGAUCAUUUCUGUCAACAUCCAGCAUUUUUGUUCAUGCUGUUUUUCAGAGCUAUAAUAUUUAUGUACUUCAACUUAUAAUUGUGAUAUCUAAUUAUUUAAUUCGCUUUAUGAUAGUAAGUCAAUUGGUUUGAGAAAAUUGAAAAAGGCAGCAUUUUUUAUCAUCUGUAAGUGAUACUCAGUGGCACAUAUUAUAGAUUGUGUACAUUUCUUUGUGUACUUCUUAGAAUAAUAAGUUUGUUAGGAGUUUUCCCUUUUCCAGUUAGAUAAUGCAGAUAUAAACAUACUGUCACGUCAAAAAUAUAAUAGUGCCACUCUGCGACUUUUCAAAAGGCUGGACAAUGGAAGCAAUCUAGCUAUGAAGUUGAAAUAAAGUUAAAUUAGUGAAAGAGAAAUAAAGAAUAACAUGAUAAUUAUA